AUGCGUUGUAGCAGACGGCGAUCAGCUUAUCAUCGAAAGAUCGCAUUGAUUGUUAAUAAACAGGAAAUAGAACGUCAACGUCAAACAUAACGCGUUGUCAAUUCGUGAUAAUUUGAUUAAUACUGCAAUUGCUAUAGUACAAUAUGGAAGUUGGAGAAGUUCGUAUUGCUGAAGAUGAAGAUUUCAAUAAAGUUAGACAAAUGUGCACGUGUCACGAUGGCUGGACAAAAGAGUAUUGCAAAAACAAUAUCACUGUAUGGAGUAAAGACAAUGAUGUAUCAGAUUUUAAAGUUAUAAAAGUAAGCAAAAACUGUAAUAUUUUGAUAUGAGUCAUUUUUAGCUGUUUUAUUUUAUUUCUUUUGUAAAUAAUGAAUAAUUUACAUCCGUUAAAUUAAAUAAUGUUAUGUUUGUGGGUGGUUUUCAGCUAAAAGCUCAUUUGGAUAAAAUUAGUGCUACUAUGUUGUACGAUACUUUGCAUGAUAGUAAAUAUCGCAAGUUAUGGGAUAGGAAUAUGAUUGAGGGUUAUGAAAUAUGCUGCCUUAAUCCAAAUAAUGACAUUAGUUAUUAUUCAAUCAGCACUCCUUCGCCCCUGAAAAAUCGAGACUUUGUUUUACUUCGUUCAUGGUUAGAUAUAGGAAGGGAAAUUUUUAUUAUCAAUCAUAGUGUGAAUCAUGCGAGUGUACCUACAAAAAAGAAUUUUGUGAGAGGUUUGUCUUUCAUCACUGGAUAUUACAUUGUUCCUGAUGGCAAACCGGAAGAAAAAGGUUGUACACUCAAUUAUGUGACUCAAAGUGAUCCUAAAGGUAUACGAUUUGUUUAUUUGGUCAUUAAGCUGCUUCAAAUAUUAGAUAAGCCAUCUUAUUUAUUUUUAGGUAAACUUCCGACUUGGGUAGUGAAUAAAUUAUCGAAAUUCGUUGCUCCAAAAAUCGUUAAACGCCUGACAAAGGCGGCUUUAGCAUAUCCUAAAUGGAAGGCUGAACAUGAACCUCACUUUAAGCCUUGGCAUAACCCGGAGCAGAUGUCAUAUCUACCUAAGCUAAAUUUAUCAGAUAUUGGUUCUAUUAACGACACUCUGAAAGCGUCUGGCGUUGAUGAAUCUAAUGUUGCUGAGUCUGAUGCGGAGAAAGUGUCUCAAAACGGAGAUGAAGAAAGCGACUAAAUCAUCCGUUAAGAUCUGCAUGUUUUUUGAAAUCUUUUUUAAAAGUAUUAUGUACAUAUUUCUUCUCGGAUUACAAAAAGACACCUACUUCUAUGCCAUAGUUGAAGAUAACUAAACAUUCCUUUCUGCUUUCUAUCAAAUUGCUCAAGAUAUAUGUACGUUUACUUUUGAGUCUUAUAUUUGGUUAUGGAGGACGAGGUCAACAAAUAAACUAAUUCAAAUAAA